GCCUCGAACGGUCAAAGAUGUCGCGACAUAUAAUAUUCGUUGCACUUAUCCUGAUGACGAGUGUUUUGCAUCAAGGAUGCACCUCGAGAAUUCUCGGUGUGUUUCCUUUGCCUUCGAUCAGUCAUCAAGUCGUAUAUCGUGGACUGACUUUGGCGUUAAGAGAGCGAGGUCACGAGCUUAUCAUCGUCACCACGGACCCGGUCAAGGAUCCAACCCUGACAAACUACACGGAGAUAGAUGUGAGCUUUUUGUAUGGGGAAUUCAACAAGGAUUUAGACUGGAUUGCUCAUCGAGAGACCAACACGUGGCUUGAUUCGGUACAGAGUUUGGCGCCGAAGUUUAUGCAGGUGACUGAAACCGUGCUUGGCCAUCCGGAAAUGAAAAAGCUCUAUUCUACGAACAGUGGUGAAAAGUUCGACUUGUUAUUGGUCGAGAUGCUUGUUUGGCCAGCGUUGUUCGCUCUUGGUGAACGACUCGAUGUUCCAGUCGUUGGUAUGUCGUCGUUGGGCCUGAAUGUUGAAAUGCAUUACGGGAUCGGAAAUCCCAUAAUGCCUUCUCAUCCUUCACAUUGGGAUGCUAAAAUACAAGUAAUUGGAAAGCUGACCUUCUGGCAGAGGUUGCAGAAUUUCGUCCAGUUGUGGACAUUUCUGUACUGGUACAGAACAGAUUACAUGCAAGAGCAGCAGGCCACUGCACGAAAGUACUUUGGAAACGAUAUUUCCGAUAUCGGUGAAUUAGAAAAAAACGUCAGUCUGGUUUUCGUCAAUCAACAAUCGUCGAUUUCGUUCGUUAGGCCGAAUAUUCCUCGAGUUAUAGAUAUCGGUGGAUUCCACAUGUCGAAGCAGACAAAGCCUCUGUCGAAGGACCUUCAAAAUAUUUUGGACAAAGCAACGCAAGGUUUCAUAUACAUGAGCCUUGGAACAAACGUGAAAAGCAUCAUGUUGAGUAACGAAACACGGGAAGAAUUUGUAGCCGCAUUUUCUCAAUUGCCCUACACCAUUCUUUGGAAAUUUGAGGGUGAUGUUCUUCCCGGACAACCAGACAAUGUGAUAAUCAUAAAGUGGGUCCCACAGCAGUCUGUUUUAGCGCACCCGAAUAUAAAAGCUUUUAUAUACCAAGGAGGACUCCAGAGCACAGAAGAGGCGAUUUCUCACGCCGUUCCCUUGAUCGGUUUACCAGUGUUAGCCGAUCAGGACACGCUUGUAAACAAAAUGGUGUCUCUUGGUGUUGGUCAAAAUUUGAAUAUUUUAAGCGUUAACAGGGUAGAUCUGAUGAAAGCAAUUCACUCCGUUGUGCUAGACAGCAGCUACAAACAGCGGAUGCUGAAGUUGCGGGAUUUGGUAAGAGACAAGCCCUACGAUUCUUUGAAGAACGCGGUUUGGUGGACGGAACACGUGAUACGUCACAAGGGUGCUCCUCAUCUCCACUCGACGACCGCCGACGAUCCCUGGUAUCAGCGGCAAGAUAUGGACUUGAUUUUUAUCAUUUCAUCUGUGAUUUUCAUAACUUUGAUUAUAACACAUCAAUGUUACGUUCGCGGUCCAAGCCAAUCAGAAAUAGUCAGAAAACCACGGUGUCAUUAUUCCGGGCAAACGAUAAUGUCGCGGUACUUAUUGUUAGUUACACUGAUCCUGGUCAUGCAUAAUCUGCAUCAAGUAUGUAACGCAUCGAGAAUUCUGGGCAUAUUUCCGAUGGCUUCUUUAAGUCAUCAGGUCGUAUUUCGGGAAUUGACUCUAGCGCUGAGGGAGCGAGGCCAUGAACUCGUUGUUGUGACUCCAAACCCGAUCAAUGAUUCGACUCUUAGUAACUACACGGAGAUAGAUGUGGCUUUUCUGUACGAUAUUUUCACUGAAGACAAUGACUGGAUAGCCCUUCGAAAAAAAGAAACGUGGCUGAGGAUCGUCAGGAAAAUAAAACCAAAAUUGUUGUCGAUGACCAAAGGCAUCCUCGGCCAUUCGGAAUUAGAAAAGCUUUACGCGCCCAAUAGUGGAGAAAGGUUUGACUUGAUGUUAAUUGAGAUGCUUUACUGGCCAGCUUUUUUGCCCCUCGCUAAACGAUUCGACGUUCCAGUGAUAGGUAUGGCGUCUCUGAGUCUCUCAGUUUACAUGCAAUACGGAAUCGGAAAUCCGAUACUAUCUUCUCACCCAUCAACUUGGGACGACGGUGCGGUGGAUUUGGAAGACCUGACAUUUUUACAAAGACUGAAAAACUUCGUACAAACAUGGAGAUUCAUGUACUGGUACAGAACAGAUUACAUGAAGGAGCAGCAAGAGAUUGCGAGGAAAUAUUUUGGCAAUGAUAUUCCUGAUAUCGGUGAUAUUGAAAAAAAUAUCAGCCUAGUUUUCGUCAAUCAACAGGCACCAAUUACAUUCGUGAGACCAAAUGUUCCCAGUAUUAUAGAUAUCGGUGGGGUCCACGUGUCGAAGCAGAGCAAGCCUUUAUCGAAGGACCUUCAGAGGAUCCUGGACGAAGCAACGCAAGGCUUUAUAUACAUGAGCCUUGGAUCGAACGUCAAGAGCUCAACGUUGAGACAGGAAACACGGGAAGAAUUUAUUGCCGCGUUUUCUAAACUGCCUUACACCGUUAUUUGGAAAUUUGAGAAUGACUUUCUCCCAGGCAAACCAGACAAUGUUGUUACCCUAAAGUGGGCACCACAACAAUCUAUUCUAGCGCAUCCGAAUGUAAAAGCUUUCAUAUACCAAGGAGGACUUCAGAGUACAGAAGAAGCAGUUUCUUACGCUGUCCCCGUGAUUGGGUUACCAGUAUUUGCCGAUCAGGAUACACAAGUCACUAAAAUGGUGUCCCUUGGUGUUGGAAAGCAGUUAGAAAUUCUCACAUUGAACAGGGUGGAUCUGAUAGAAGCGAUUCAAUCCGUCGCAACCGACAGCAGUUACAAGGAACGAAUGAUGGAAUUGCGGAACUUGGUGAAAGACAAGCCGUACGAUUUAUUGGAGAACGCGGUUUGGUGGACGGAACACGUGAUACGUCACAAGGGUGCUCCUCAUCUCCACUCGACGACCGCCGACGAUCCUUGGUAUCAGCGGCAGGACAUGGACUUGAUUUUCAUUAUUUCAAUCACGAUUUGGUCAGCUUUCAGUAUAACACUGUUUGUCUUGUAUAAAUCAUUGGUAUACAGUAUCAAUUUCUGGAAGAAUAAUCAGCAGUUGAUAAGCGAAAAGAAAAGGGCAUGA